AUGUACCCGAACGGCAACGACAAGUCUAACAUCGAUGACCUUGAGGUUAUCUAUGUCAAACAGUACUCUGAUCCUAAAGCAGGUGAGUGUGUAUCACUUAUGAACCUUAACGAGGUUAGGAAAAUUACAGGCACCAAAGACAUGGUUAUAGCUGGGGAACUCGACUCUGAAUCUGCAAAGAAGCUCCUGAAUUUGUACUUGGCCACAAAAACAAGCAAGGUUGCGAAAGCGUAUGCGAGAUCAGAGGCUGGGGAAGAGGGUAGAAGUGUGGGUUCAUUCCAAAUUCCGAGCACACGAAGUAUGCCCAUGGAUCCGCUUCGGGAUGAGUACCAGAUAUCUGCUCAAGAUUCAUUACGAAGAUAUAGUGCAGUCAACACCAUCUCCAGCAAAGCUCUUCAGACAUCUUCCCGCAGCAGUAACCUAAUUUUGCCCAGUCCGAAGGAAGGCAACAGCACGAUCGAGUCACCCAUCACAACAUUGUCCACGUCUAUACCUGGAAAGAUUGAGUUCAAAGUCCCGUUUCCGAUUUGUCGCCCGGCAAACGCAGGGAAAGAUGAAUCGAAUAAGGACUCCGAAGACAACACGCUCAAUGCUACGAGUAGAUACCAGGGCGACAACCUUGUGAUUCUGAACCAUUCAUACCCCAAGUCUGAGUAUCACGAUGAAACCGAGAUAUUCGGGAAAGGCCAGACGGUUAUGACUGAACAUAGCAAGUCAGAGGCCCCCGGGACUAGCCGUAUAAGCGGACUAAACGAGGAGCAAUCAGAUGCCUGGUGCUUGAGCGCUAUGUACGAGAAGGAGCUUAGCCUUGCCCGACAGGAAUAUGUCAGUCAUAGGGACGAACUCUCUACGAUGAAUCCGGAGACCAUCACCGCCACGCAGCGUGCCAAACAGACGUUUCUGCGAGACAAAAUGCGCUGGACCAACAAAGCGCUCAUGGAGAGCAAGUCGGGAAAUAACUUGACUUAA